UCAGAACACGCUUGUAACUAUGUUAGCGCGCUGUUAACCAAUGAAAAGCCACGCAAUAUGCCUUCUGAUUAGUUAACAGCGCACUAACAUAGUUAUAAGCAUGUUCUGAAUAUGGGUCAACAUUUUUAGGGACUUUAUUUGCUCUUUUUAACUGCACCUUCUGCAGUCAAGUGUGCGGUAAACGUAAACGAUUAUAACCUCCCUUAUUUCUACAGAAAAUUACACAUAUUUAUUUUUUUAUAAACAUCGGUUAAUAUAUGACUGAGAUAGACCUGACUGUGCAGCAGUACAACCGAGAAACUUGUUUGUUCUACCCAUUGAAGAUUCCUGAACCAGUUAAAGUUUGUUAAUAAAGAAGUUAACGUUAUAUUUUUACAGACAUCGUAUUGUUAACUUAAUUAUAUUGUGGACUUAACUUUUCGUUUAUUUCGCGGAAAUUUUGAACUUUACUCAAAUUGAAUCACACAUGUAAAUUUGAUGGCUUUUUCACAAUCAAAUUCGAGAGAAUUACAAAAUAGGAAAAUCUUAGAAGAGCUGCAAUUAAAAAAGCAGAUGCUCUUGAAGCAAGGAGUUGCGCCAAGUUUGACUUCAUCAUUAGCUGUUUCAUCAACUGGUUCUGCAUCAAAUAUAUCUACAACACAAUCUAGUGAUGGCAUAGCGAUGAGUGCAUCUCAACGAGCUGCUUUGCAUAAUGCACAUGCAGCUUCAUUCGGUUAUUUUGUGACACAGGACUCCUCCUUUGGAAAUUUAAUAUUGCCAGUUCUUCCAAGAUUUGAUAGUAAAUGAGUUACUAAUUGUGAAAUAAUUCAAAUUCGUAUAAACAAUUUUUAAA